AUGAAUCCUACAAAUCAGAGCAUGGUGACCUAUUUCAUAAUUAAAGGUUUUUCAGAUGUCCCUGAGAUGGAAGUUCUAAUCUUCCUACUCGUUCUGCUCAUUUAUCUAAUCACACUUAGCGGUAACCUGACUAUUCUGAUACUCGUGGGUCUAGACUCUCAGCUGCACACGCCUAUGUACUUUUUCCUGGGAAAUUUGUCGGUAAUGGACAUCUUUUCUACAACCACUACUCUACAUAAUGUGUUUGUCAGCUUCAUGACCAGGGAUAAAACCAUUUCCUUUGUGGGUUGUAUCAUGGAGUUUUACAUAUUUGCAUCUUUAACCGGUUGUGAGCUGCUAAUAUUGACAACCAUGAGUUACGAUCGUUAUGUUGCCAUUUGCAACCCACUGCAUUAUCAUUUGGUCAUCAACUUCAGGAAAUGUUCUCUACUCGCCUUUGCUUGCUGCUUGAAAAAUAAAGAUGUGAAGGCAGCUCUGAUGCGGAGACUAAUACGUUGUCAAGAAAUAAAACGCAUUGUUUUCAGCAAGAGAUUGAGCCGUUCUGGGAAUUGGUUAUUGAUUGAGCAUCCUGUUGAAGUGGAUCCUCCCAUUGGGUUCAGUAGUAGUCUGGUCCGGAAGAGUGAUACAGUACAUGACGAUGACAGAGGGAUGCUGUGCAGCCGCGAGAAAGCCCGCCCUGAUUGCCAAGCUAAUGCAAUCGCCCCAUCAAGGCCUAUACCAACCCUUCAUGGCCUCCACAGGAUCAGCUCUUAUUAUGAGGCAUCAUUAGAGGAGGUAACCACUUCUGCCAAACAGUGCUAUGCUAACAUUGUACCUGUAUUAAUCCACAUAAUCUUAGAAGUUUAUCAGCAUGACACUCGCAUUUUAAAGCGCUACACCUUCCAUCCAGCUGAGACCUACAUAAGAUUACCGCAUCCAUGA